AUGUCGAAAACCACUUCCCCAUUCUUCGCAGGGCCUAAGACUGGUCCGUUGCCGACAACAGAUCUGCUCUCUUGGAUGUUUGAUAACCAACCUUACGAUUGUGAUAAAAAAAUAUAUAUCGAUGCAAGUGACACGACGAGGUUUAUCACUUCUGCAAUUGCGAAGAACAUCAUACGAAAACUUGCGAAAGGUUUACGGGAUGCCGGACUAAACAAGGGAGAUUGUGUGCUAGUGCAUGCUUUUAACGACAUCUACUACUCCAUGCUGGUGCUCGGUAUAGUAGCGGCCGGUGGUGUCUUCACUGCUACCAAUCCCGCAUACACAGCCCGGGAAAUGGAGCACCAUAUCAAAUCCGCGAGCGCGCAGUUCAUUUUCACUGAGCCAGAGAUGCUCCCUACUGUUCUUGAGGUUGCGAACAAAAGUGAUGUAAAUAUUAGGGAUAUUUGGAUAUUCCACCCCUUAAAGGAUCAAAAAGUGCCAGCUGGGCAAAAAUCAUGGGAGGAGCUGUUGACAAAGGGGGAAAGUGACUGGGUACGAUUUGAUGAUGAGAAGCUAGCGCGGGAGACAACCGCAUUCAGACUAUUUAGUAGCGGGACCACAGGGCUACCGAAGGCGGUGGAUAUAUCGCAUCUAAAUCUUAUGGCGCAGCAUGUUGCAGUAAGCGAAUUUAUACCAAAGCCAUACGAGCCGGUUUCCAUUAUACCUCUUCCCAUGUUUCAUGUGGCUUGUGUGCCACAUGCCCAUGUUGUUCUCUUACGGGCUGGUCGAACAGCCUACAUUCUCCGCCGUUUUCACCUUGAGCUUUACCUCUCAACCGUUGAGAAACAUGGGAUUAAUGAGCUUGGACUUGUACCGCCGCUCGCUGUAUUAUUAGUCAUGUCGCCACUCACGAAAAAGUAUUCGCUACGCAACAUUAAAACUGUACUUAUUGGUGCAGCGCCAUUGAGUAAGGAUAUUCAAGCAAGACUGAAAAACACAGUCAAUCCAGACAAGAACCCGUUAGUUAAUCAAGUAUGGGGGAUGACUGAGAGCACCUGUAUCGCAACCAUGUUUCAUAACAUGGAAGACGAUGAUACGGGCAGUGUGGGAAGACUAUUGCCAAAUCUUGAGGCCAAAUUGAUCGAUGAUGCAGGAAACGAUAUCAGCGCCUAUGAUACUCCUGGCGAAAUUUGCUUGAGGGGUCCCACAAUGAUCAAAGGUUACUAUAAUAACGAUGCAGCGAACCGAGAAUCUUAUGAUUCGGAUGGCUUCUACCAUACAGGUGAUAUUGGUCUUUGCGACGGCAAAACCAAGAAAUGGUACAUCGUUGACAGGAAGAAGGAGCUUAUUAAGGUUCGAGGCUUUCAAGUCGCCCCACCUGAGCUCGAGGGAAUCCUGCUGGAACAUCCCCACAUCAUUGAUGCGGCGGUUAUCGGAGUUGUUACCGAGACACAUGGGUCCGAGCUUCCCAGGGCGUAUAUUGUUAGGCGACCUGGAUCAAAGCUUGAGAAGCAGGAGGUCAAGGAAUACGUGAAGGCAAAAGUGGCGUCGUAUAAACGACUUGAAGGGGGAGUUGUCUUUUUAGAUGCAAUCCCGAAAAACGCAAGUGGUAAGAUAUUGAAAAAUGCGUUGAGGGAACUGGCGAGGAAGGAGAUGGGAGCAGUGAAGGCAAAACUGUAA